AUGCCACACAGAGUAUCGAUAGAUGCCGCUGAGGCCCACAUCUUGCCUACAAAGCACAGAAAGGACAUCAAUCUUCCACAGCAAAUGAUUGACGAAGCACGACAGCCUCAAAGGAUCCCAUUCAGUGCCGAGAAGCAUCUCAGGUUCCAGGAACCAGAGAAAAUUCACACUACUCAGGAGCUCGGUCUUGGCAAGGUCGGCAUAUCAGACCAUGCUGUCACAGAGCCUUUCUCUAUCUUCACCCCUGAAGCAAUCCAGCAAAUACGAGCCGAGAUAUUCAGUGAUGAGGUGUUGAAUCAACACUAUUGUCCCACCAGUCCUACGAGCGGACAGAUCAGGGGGCAUUGUCCAACUGCCGCUCCUUUCACAUAUGCAGCAUGGACGAGUCCAGAAGUUGUUGCUUGGGUCUCCAAGAUGGCAGGAGUGGAACUUGUACCAGCUAUCGACUACGAUAUCGGACACGUCAACAUCGCACUACCGAAGCCUGACGGCGUGGAAGAGAAAAUUGUCGCCCCUGGCGAACAGAAAGAAGGCGAAGUGAGCGAAUACUGCGAAUCAGCUUUCGGGUGGCACACGGAUAGCUACGCUUUCGUCUGUGUAGCCAUGCUGUCAGAUUGCACCGGCAUGGUCGGCGGGGAGACUUUUAUUCGUACCGGAACUGGAGAGGUGAUGAAAGCGAGAGGUCCUCAACUGGGCACAGCAGUCGUAAUGCAAGGCGCCUACCUCCCCCACCAAGCCACAGCCGCAAGAGGAAAUCACGAACGUAUCAGCAUGGUCACUUCCUGGCGUCCGAAAUGUCCUCUGAUGAAAGAUCAUACCAUGAUGCGAGGGACAAAAAACAUCUCACAUCUUCCUAUGCUAUACCAUCAAUAUGCUGAGUAUCGUAUGGAGAAUUUGGAGGAGCGAGUUCGUCGAGAGGCAAGGAGCUUGCGGAAGAGAAGGGCGCUUGAGCCGGAGAAGUUUGAUGUUGUGAGGAUGAGGACGUGGUUGGAAGAGCAGAGGGAUUAUAUUGAUGAUAUGUUGAGGGAGUUGCAGGUUGAUAGGAGGGUUUUAGGAAGUUAUGGUUUUGAAACUUAG